UGAGCUAGUCAGGCAAUCUGAUAGAGCAACUGAAACAUCAAAUGGAUCAGUUUUGAUCUUCUCCGUAGAAGCUAAUUAGACACAUUUUUGUUGUCAGGUUGUGGCUUCAGUUUCAUGACAAUUCCAUACAGUGUCUCAGUUCCUUUAAAUUUGUGCUAGAAACACAUGAUCAUUGAACACUAUGAAAGAAAUUAGAGUUGGUUCAAAUUUCGCAUUCUAAUAUAUGUUUUCUUUGCUCCAGAUUUAGCUGAUGGGAUUUGGGAAUAGAGGAAUUGUUGCUGACAAAUGGUCAGGGAGGAUUUUAUGGGUCUGUGCAAUUGGAAGUGCAAUUGGCUUUUAUAUGGUUGCUGUGGAAAGACAAACUCAGAAUAGAGCAAAAAAGAUGGCUGAAGCACUGGCGGAUGCAGGAUCAAGUAUAGAUGCCAGCGAGAAAAGUUGAUAUUAUGGCUUGUGAUAUUGCUAAUACAUUUCUCCAUUAGGUGUCUUUCCAAGUCAUGCUCUGGAAACUAUUGUCAUGUAAUAAUUACUCAUGAUUCUCAUAAAGGAAAACACAUUGCUCGACAAGAAUUCGAGCUGGGAAAUGUGGGACAUAGCGCAGCCUAUGUUUGGAACUAGAAAUGAAAGAGAAAAGAAGUUGCGCGUCCUAAAUUAAAUUGGUAGAUGCUACUACCAUGAAAGCAGUAAAGAAGGGAACUGGGUGAUAUGUUGAAUUCGAGUUUGUGCAGGAAAGAGAAGAAUACAGUGUUAUAUAUUGAAUUCUUACUGGGACAUUU